GAUGUUGAAUUCCCUGCGCUUAUGAGGGCAACAUGCGCAUUUCACCGCGAAUGUUACCACCCACCAACCACUUUACUUAGAGAGCUCCACCUCAGGUCCACGUUGUCCCUAUAAAAUGCAAGAGUACAGGCGAGGGAGGAAAAGCAGUAUCAUGUCAACGCGGAGGGACAAGUGUGCUGUACGUGGCUGCACAGCGGAUCACACUGUUUUACACAAACUUCCAGCCUCAGGGGACGUGCGUGUCCAGUGGGUACAUUUUAUGUAUGAAGCCGAUGUGCCGGAUAAAGUCAGCAAACGUGUGUUUGUGUGUUCGCACCAUUUCGCGUCGGACUGCUUUGUAAACCUUGGUCAGUACAAUUCUGGACUGAGCAGAAGAUUGAAGCUGAAAAUGGGAUCAGUACCAACUCUCCGUCGAGAGACCGCUGUGGAGCAAACUGCUAGCACAUCCGGACCGGUGGAAAAGGGUCAUCAUGUGGCGUGCCAGACGGACCCCCCAACAGCAACAUCAACACGCUCAACUGGAACACAGCUUUCAAUGAAGACUCUACAACCUCAUUUCAGAAGUGCAGACACACAGACACAUAUUCCCUCAACUGAUGUUGGUGUUGGCACAGCAGCUGCUCUGCCGUUUUUGACAUCAAUACCUAUAAAGAGACCACGUAAGAGACGAUGCACAGUAUUGGAAGAGGAGGAAGAGGAGCCUGCAGAAGGCAGUUAUGUUGACAUCCAGGUGCCACAUGAUUCCACAUAUGACCCUGUGGACACCUUGAAUGAGUCCGCUGAUGUGACAAAGAAGUCUUCUGUUACUGUUCAUAAGACUCCCACUUACAUUGUGUACGAGGACUGCCUAAUGGAGCUGUUUCAGGUGUGCCCUGUGUGUAAGCGGAACUGUGACGUGCGGUCAAGAAGGCUAGGCACGUUCCUCUCUGUGGAACAGCAGUGUCUGCAUUGUGAGUUCUCCAGAAAGUGGAAUAGCCAGCCACUUGUUGGUAGCACUCCUGCUGGGAACCUGCAGCUAUCCACCGCAGUGUAUACCACUGGUGCCUCUUUCUUCAAGAUUGAGAAGGUUUUCCGGGCAAUGCAGUUGAAGAUGUUCAAAUAUGACUCAUUUAGAAGGCAUGCUCGGAUGUACAUAGAGCCAGCGAUUGUGCACAAGUGGAAGACGACACAGACUGCUAUUUUGCAGCAGCUCAGUGAGCAGCAGAAUGUCGUCCUUGGUGGUGACUUGAGAGCAGACUCUCCCGGACAUGGUGCCAAGUAUGGUAGCUAUACCAUGAUGGACCUGAGGACCAACACUGUUAUUGAUUUACAGCUGGUUCAAAGUAAUGAGGUCGGGGGAAGCUACCACAUGGAGAAAGAGGGCUUGAAGAGGAGCCUGGCUCUGUUGGAGGAACGGGGUGUUACUAUGGAGAGUAUUGUGACAGACCGUCACCCCCAAAUCCAGAAGUUCCUGAGGGAGUCCAAUAUCACACAUUACUACGAUGUGUGGCACAUGGAAAAAGGACUGUCCAAGAAGCUGUUGAAGAUCUCACAGAACAAGGGCUGUGAGAAACUGACAAAAUGGCUUUGCAGUAUAAAAAACCAUAUGUACUGGACGGCUGCAUCUUCCACAUCGGGGCCAGAGAGAACUGCAAAGUGGACGUCCAUUUUGAACCAUGUCCUGGACGUCCACACCCACGACGACCCCGCUUUUCCCCAGUGUCUGCAUCCAAUCCGCACUUCUACAGACAGGAGCAAGUGGUUGACAGCAGGAACUCCAGCCUUCUGCAGACUGGAGAAGGCACUGACCAACAAGAGGGUCAUGAAGGAUGUGGUGAAGCUGAGCCCUCAUUACCAAACAUCAUCACUGGAGGCUUUUCAUAGCCUCAUUCUACGCUUCGCGCCAAAGAAUGUUGUCUUUCCUUUUCUUGGAAUGCUGUGCAGACUAUACCUGGCAGUCAUGCACUUCAAUGAAAACACAGCCCGUCCACAGGCAACAAACUGUGAUGGAGAGCCACUGUUCAGGCUCCAAUUUCCAAAGUCGAAAAAAGGGGAAUGCACAGCAAAGCCAGUGAAAGAGCAGGCAACGUUCAAGUACGUGGACGAAACCAUGGACCUGGUGUUUGAGAAGGUUUUUCCGGAGCCUGGUCCAUACACAGAGGCGGUUCUGCAAAUGUCCAUCCCUGAAGACCUCUCUGCACAGUUCGAAAAGCCGGACCAGAAGGAGGUGAUUGAGCGCUAUGUGACGAGGUUCAGUCAAGGGCCAGUCUGAACCCCACAUAGAUGCCUUCCGCGUCAGGGUACUCGAUCCGUAGGACGACACAGCUGGGCAGUGGCACACAAAGUCUCCGUCCCAGAAAACCCCAACACCAGCUCACAAAGCGCGUGUGUGUGUGUGUGUGUGUGUGUGUGUGUG